GCCGGUUUGAAGUUUGAUAUUGACAAAUUAAAAAAAAUUCGUUGCUCGUGUUUUCUGCAUUUUCUGUUUUCUAUUGUUAUAAAGUUUGCAUUGUUUUACAAUAUUAAUUGAAUAUAAUUUAUCAUUGUGUAAUAAAAAUGGCUACGUUCGAUUUUAAUUCUAUAAAUUCAGCGCUCACGGAUCCGAGUAAGCUGGAAACUGGUGUGGAUUUUUCCGGAAAAUCAUUAAAAUUGGAUUCAGAGAAAGAUGCACAACCGAUCAUAGAUGCAAUCAAUGCGUGUCCUGAUUUACAAUAUCUGACAUUAACGGGGAAUACCCUCGGUGUGGCAGCAGCACAGGCUAUCGCUAAAGCGUUAGAACGACAUCCUGAAUUGAAGAUAGCAAGGUUCUCCGAUAUGUUCACUGGCAGGAUGAAGACUGAAAUACCUCCAGCUUUGGUAAGUCAACUUGGCUUUGCCUAA